GCUAUAACGUUUAGCAGUCGACAAAUUACUUACACACGAAUGACAAGCUCCGAGUGUUUAUAUUUGUGUUGCACAUCAUAGUCUAGUUAGCAUCAUGGAGCAACCAUUAGGACUUGUUUCCGAAGAAGCAAGGCAUAAUACAAUCCAACCCAUCCAAGGAUCAAUACAAUCGAUAUUAAUUAUUGACCCUACAACUGGUUAUACAAAAACCGAAAAUGCUAACGAUGAUGAAAAUUACGAUGACACAUGCCACGAAUGGGAAUGGGAUACAGCCUACGAGACGUCUCGAUUACAAUUGGCACAUGAAAAUUUGGAGGUAAAAUUCCAUCCUGGCUUCAGCACUGGUACUGCAGCAGUUCGAGGUAAUAAACCCAUGACCAGUGGCAAGCAUCAUUGGUGGGAAGUUAAAAUGCUAACUCCAGUUUAUGGAACGGAUGUGAUGGUAGGAGUAGGAACUGCAAAAGCUGAUCUAUUAAGUACUGGAGAAAAUUUUUGCUCUUUACUAGGAAGAGACAAGGAAUCUUGGGGAUUCUCUUACAGGGGUUAUAUACAACACGGUGGUAUUUCAAAAGAGUACUCUACAUGUUUUCAUCAGAAUAGUAGAGUAGGUGUACAUUAUGAUGGUUGGCAAGGUACUCUUGAAUUUUUUCACAAUGGGAAUCCUUUAGGAAUUGCAUUCACUGGAUUACAAAACUUAGAAUUAUAUCCAAUGGUGUGUUCAACAGCGGCCAAAAGUAGAAUGAAAAUUAUUAACAGUUGUUCAGUAUCAGCUACUUUACAGUUACACUGUUUAUCUUUACUAAAAUCACGUCAAAAAAAAGAACUCCUAGAAUUAUAUCCCGGACUAAAAUAUAAAAUAGAAAAUAUAUUUUCUAAAAUUCUUCAGAAAGUGAAAGAUGAAGAUGAAGACAUUGAACUUCAAUAUCAUACUGCAUGUCUAGAUGAUUUUGAUUUUGCAUUGGUAGGAUGUAAACCACUGCGAAAGCAACACAUAAUGAACGAAGAAAAUCUUAUUGAACUUUUGCCAUCAUCAAGUUCCAAUCUACCAGCUAUUUUACUCUAAAAAAAUGUUACACUACAUCUCUUAAAAUAAUUAUUCUCUUCUAAUCUUAAAAUAAAAUCUGUCUGAUUACUGUUUUAAGUAUUUAUAGUUGUGAUCAAAAUUUCAUUGAACUGAUUAGAUAUUAAUAUACAUUAUAUUGCAAUUCAAAUAUGAAUGCUAACAUUAGCAUUAAACUUUGUAUAUUAUAUUUUGUACAUGAAUUUAAUACAUUAGAUUAAAUAUAUUGUAAUUAAU